GCUUAGCUCCCCGUGCAGACCCCUGUAGGCGGCGCCAGCCGCACAGGGCGGUGCUGGCGACCGGGAAGUUCGGGCCCUAGGCUCGGGACAUCCCCUUCCUUCACUUCCCGGUCCUCGAGGACCGAGGCCCAGAUAGCCAGAGGGCGCGGGCGAGAGGCAGCUGGUGUCCCCCAGGUCAAAUCUUGGAGGAUGCUACGUGCUCUGUGGACCUUCUGGAUCUUGGUGGCCAUGACAGGCCUCUCCAGGAAGGACUGUUCUGCUCAGGCACUCCUGUCAUGUGAUGCUGCUGGUGUGUGUGAUGGCCGCUCCAAGUCUUUCACCUCCAUUCCCUCAGGACUCACAGCAGCCGUGAGGAGCCUUGACCUGUCUAACAACAAGAUCACUUCCAUUGGCCAUGAUGACCUGCGGGUGUGUGUGAACCUCCAGGCUCUGAUGUUGCAGUCCAGUGGAAUCAACACAAUAGAGGAAGGUGCCUUUUCUUCCCUGAGCAGUCUUGAACAUUUGGACUUGUCUGAUAACCACUUAUCCAGCUUAUCUUCCUCCUGGUUCAGGCCCCUGUCCUCUUUGAGAUACUUAAACUUACUGGGAAAUCCUUACAGGAUACUGGGGGAAUCGUCACUCUUUUCCAGCCUCACAAAUUUACAAACCCUCAGGGUAGGAAAUGUUGCCACCUUCAGUGGGAUUAGGAGAACAGAUUUUGCUGGACUGAAUUCUCUCGACGAACUUGAAAUCAAAGUGCUAAGUCUCCAGACCUAUGAGCCCCAAAGUCUGAAGUCGAUUCAAAACAUCCGCCACCUGACCCUUCACCUGAGCCAAUCUGCUUUCCUGCUGAGGAUUUUUGCAGAUAUUCUGAGUUCUGUGGGAUAUUUAGAACUGAGGGAUGCUAGCUUGGCCAGCUUCCGCUUUUCAGAAUUGUCCACGGAUGAAAUAAAUUCACCUAUGAAAAAGCUAGCAUUCCGAAGUGCAGAUCUCACUGAUGCGAGUUUUAAUGAACUUCUGAAGCUGUUGCGGUAUGUCCCGGAACUGUCGGAGGUAGAAUUUGAUGACUGCACCCUCAAUGGAGUGGGCGAUUUUAACCCAUCUGAGUCAGACAUAGUGAGAGAGCUAGGCAAAGUAGAAACACUAAUGAUACGGAGGUUGCACAUCCCCAAAUUCUAUUCAUUUUAUGAUCUGAGUACCGUAUAUCCCCUCCUGGAGAAAGUUAAGCGAAUCACAGUAGAGAACAGCAAGGUCUUUCUGGUCCCUUGCCUGUUUUCACGGCACUUAAAAUCGUUAGAAUUCUUGGACCUGAGUGAAAAUUUGGUGGUUGAAGAAUAUUUGAGAAACUCAGCCUGCGAGAACGGCUGGCCUUCUCUACAAACUUUAAUUUUGAGACAGAAUCAUUUGAGGUCAAUAGAGAAAACUGGAAAGAUUUUACUGACUCUGAAAAACCUGACUGCCCUCGACAUCAGCAGGAACAGCCUUCAUCCUAUGCCUGAUACUUGUCAGUGGCCAGAAAAGAUGCGCUUCCUGAACUUGUCCAGUACAGGGAUACAGGCUGUAAAAACGUGCAUCCCUCGGACGCUGGAGGUGUUGGAUGUUAGUAACAACAACCUCAAUUCGUUUUCUUUGUCUUUGCCUCGGCUUCGAGAGCUCUAUAUUUCCAGAAACAAGCUGAAGACUCUCCUGGAUGCCUCCUUGUUCCCCGUGUUACUGGUCAUGAAGAUCAGAGAGAAUGCCAUAAGUACUUUCUCAAAAGACCAACUUGGUUCUUUUCCCAAACUGGAGACUCUGGAAGCAGGUGGCAACCUCUUCAUCUGCUCCUGCGAACUCUUGUCCUUCACCUUGGAGCAGUCAGCACUGCUCCAGGUCCUGGCUGACUGGCCAGACAGUUACCUGUGUGACUCUCCGCCCCGCCUGCGUGGCCAGAGGGUUCAGGACGCCCGGCCCUCAGUCUUGGAGUGCCACCAGGCUCUACUAGUGUCUGGCGUCUGCUGUGCCCUUCUCCUGUUGAUCCUGCUCGUAGUCGGCCUGUGCCACCAUUUCCAUGGGCUGUGGUACCUGAGAAUGAUGUGGGCGUGGCUCCAGGCCAAGAGGAAGCCCAAGAAAGCUCCAUGCAGGGACAUUUGCUAUGAUGCCUUUGUUUCCUACAGCCAACAGGAUUCCUACUGGGUGGAGAACCUCAUGGUCCAGCAGCUGGAGAACUCUGACCCGCACUUCAAGCUAUGUCUCCAUAAGCGGGACUUUGUUCCUGGCAAGUGGAUCAUUGACAACAUUAUCGACUCCAUUGAAAAGAGCCACAAAACCGUGUUUGUGCUUUCCGAGAACUUUGUCCGCAGCGAGUGGUGUAAGUAUGAACUGGACUUCUCCCACUUCAGGCUCUUUGAUGAGAACAACGAUGCGGGCAUCCUUGUUUUGCUGGAGCCCAUUGAGAAGAAGGCCAUUCCCCAGCGCUUCUGCAAGCUUCGCAAGAUAAUGAACACCAAGACCUACCUGGAGUGGCCCCAGGAUGAAGCCCAGCAGGAAGUGUUUUGGGUAAAUCUGAGAACUGCAAUAAAGUCCUAGAUUCUCCACCCAGUUCCUGUCCUGCGCUAACCAUGGGUCUUUGUGACAUGAACUGUAACAAAGUUUAUUCUGACAUAAUUAUUUAAGUACCAUAGAAUUGUACCCUUGAGGAUUUAAGUAUGACUAAUAAUUGUGAGCUUUAUCUUGAACGCUGUUAUAUAAAUAUUUUAUA